UUUCUAGGAUUUUUGCUACAGUUUCUAUUAUCUUUAAUGCCAUGAUCAGAAAUCUAAAGAUACUUCUUGAGAGAGAUUUGUCAAAAGAGCGCCAUGAGUUGCUAAAGGAUCAAAGACUAUCUCGUAAUCGAGCACGAAAACAUUGCAUAGAAACAAAUAAAAGAAGAAGAGCACUUGAAGACAAAUGGAAAGAGGAUGAAGAAAAGGAACAAAAAUUUAGAGAACAAAUUUUGCUGCAACGGAAACUGAAACAUCAAGAAGCUACUGAAAGGUUCCAGCGUAGUCAUCUUUCAUCUUCACAAAGCAAGAGAGGAGGAGCACAGAGAAAAACAGAACUUAAAUUGGAUGAGGCUCUUCAGAAAAUUCAAGCACCGGGAUUUCAGUUGUCAUCAUCCAAAGUCAUUGUAAGAAAUGGUCCUUUUCAUUGGAAACUGAGCUCAGAAACAGCUGGCUUUGAUAGGAUAAAGCAGGAAAACUGCAGGGCACACCUGGAUAGUGACCAGCUUCUCUUCCAACAAAAUCUGGAUGAAAUGCAGCAGCAGCUGCGAGAACAGCAUUUCGACAACCUUCAGGAUUUUCAUCAAGAAGUGAAUGAAAUAGCCCAUUCAGAAAGUGUUUGCAGUGUGGACAGUCUUGAGGCUGGAGAACCUAACGAAAGUUGUACAACACCCAGUGAAACAUCUUCUUUGACUACACAGCUGGACUCUUCAGCUCUCAAUUCACAGGGAAUGCGGACUAGAAAUAAAUGUUUCUCUGAUGAAACUGAUAUUUCCUUUUCUAAACGUCAGCAUGUCAAUAACUGGCUCAUAAAUUUAAAUACCUCAAAUAUCCAAACAACCUCCCCUUUUCGUGAUAUUUUAAUUAAAUACAAUGUUGUACCUUCUGAUGAAGACACAUGCAGUCCUGGUCAGAAAUCAUCUGCUCCAAGUACUUCUGAACAAAGAGAGGCUGAGAGAUGGCCUGAUGAUGAUGAUCUAAAUUUCACCCAAAUUAAAAGAGAAGACAAAAACUUUGUAUUGAAACUUCCAUCUUCAGGAAUAGUUAGCAGAGAAAAUCCUUUAGCUACUGAUAUGCCUGAACUGAAAUUAAACAAAGCUUGGGCUAGCCCUGAUCCUUCUCCAGUUGUUGCAGUACAAGAGAAUUCUGAAUUUCCCCAGAAUAACAGGACCUCAUCAACACAAGCCUCCACUCAGGAUGUUGUAAUCCCUGUAGUCUUUCCUAUUAGAGAGUGCAGUGCCACUGCUCCAUACAGUAACAGCUUCUUACUUAACUGUAUGCAGAAGGGAAAAAACGCUCAUGCAGCAAGGUGUACUGAAGAUAUAGGCUGUGUUACAGCUGCUGGAGAUGAAAAAUGCUUUGACCAUGUUGAUGUUGAAGCACCUUUGUUUGAAAACACAUAUAAAGGCAGUAUUGAUCAACAGAAAGACAAUGAAGAGGAAAAAGUCAAUGAAAUUUUAUCUGUGCCUCAUGGAGACCUCACGGACAAUUUAUCUGAUCUUGACCAAGAGAGGAAUAACCCCAGUGAGAGAAAAGUAGUGAAAUUGCCAAAAAGCAUUUUGAAAAAAGGAUCUAAAUAUGAACCUGGCUGUUUCAAAGCGAUGGUUAUAAACAGAGGGGUCAAAUUUGGGAAUCAGCCUGUGGCCUCUGCUAGAGACAGUGUUGAAUUGGCAAAAAUAAAAGGGAAAGAUGCUGAUAUUCAAAAGAACUGUAAAAAACUUAGGUGGUUUGAUGAAAUUAAUGAAGCUGUGAGAGCUAAUUAUGAUGAAAAGUUUUCAGAACAAGGUAUCGCUGAAAUACCUCAGGCACAGCCCCAAUCAUCUGGCUUUCGAAUUAAAGUUGACACUUCUAGAACCAAUCUUAGAAGCAUUCCAUCUUGUACACUCAAUUCUGUUUUUCCAGAAGAUCACCUGGAAAAUUCUCAGAAAUCUGCCAAUGGUGCUAUGGUUGGGGACUCAGAAAGAGAUAAUGGGAUUCAGAAUGCUUUUGUAUCUGCAGGAUAUCAUGUUGCUAAGCAGGCAUGGAUGGCACCAAGAAGUGAAGAAAUAAUACCCCUUGUAUAUAAUUGUGACCCUAAAAAUCCAAGAAGCAAUCCACGCAAAGGUAGAACAAAAAUGAUCAAACGACCAAAAUCUGCAAAAGCCCCAUCAUCAACUUUAAUAACUAAAAACCGAAAAGGCACCAUUAUCCGACCACAGUCUGCUACUGAAGCCACCAAGGUUAUGAAAACUCAAGGCAAAAUCAUGAUGCCUCACCCACCAAGUAAACCUACACCAGGCAAGAGGCUGGAUGAAAAUCCAUCAGACAGCAUGUGCAAACCUCCCACAGAGACUGAAAACAGUCACUUCUUAAAUGAAAGGCAUCUUUUGCCUGAAGGUCAAGAUCUGGGUAGAGAUACUACAGAAGACCCUUCAAUUUCAAGUAGUUCUUGCCAUUCUCACGUGGCCACAAUGAGACCUUCUUACAGUAUAUUCACGUACGAGCCUUUGAAAAAGACCAAGUGCGCUCAAUCAGCUGCUCAGUGUGGCGGCUUUACAAAAAGAGGCUCCAUGUACUCAGAAAAUGGAUUAUGUCCAGAUCGUACACCAACUGAUGAAGAAAUCACAAUCUUGUGGCAAGGAGUGAAUCGUGCCCUGGCUCAAAAGGAUGGUGCUGCUGGAGAUUCACAGCAUAGUGCUAUCCCCUGCAAUAAUAAUUCAAAUAAUGCCGACUCGCAGCCCAGUAGACCGAAUGUGUCUCACAUCACUAUUGAUGGCGGCAAUCUGAUGGGCUCUAUUAAAUCAGGUGUUAGGGUGAAUGCAAUUUUUUCUUCUCAGCCAAGCACUUCUGUUGCUUUUGCAAGACGAAAACAAAUUAACGAAAAUAAUGAAAAUAAGCGCAAGGCUCUUUUAGAACACAGGAGACAAAUGGCAGCCUCUGCCGGAUGGAAGCCCAAUAGUGUUGGAAAGAAUAUAUCACAGGCCAUGAAGCGAGCUCAAUCUCAGUGUGCAUACGAACCAGUGCAAGCCAUGGGUGGCAUCAGUAAUGCUGAUGAAGUUUCAGAAAGCACUUUGCAGUUCCUGCUAGCAGAAAACCUAGCGAACAUGUCCGCUACAGAAAGUGAAAUCUUGACUGGUUUGGACACAGCCCAACUACACAAACAGACUGUGGUGCUAAACAGACCCCCACGGCAAGGAAUGAGUGCGCUGUCGUUUGAAGAGCACAAAGUUCUUCAGUCACUCGACCGCAUUAAUCAAAGGCUGCAGAAUGUCCACGAAACCAUUAACAAAACCCCAUCCUCUACAGAUAUUUUGCAAACUGUUUCCCCUUUGGUCGCAUCUCCCUCCUACAUGAACAUCAUGCCUCCAAUGUGGAAAUACAGGAGCAUAUCAGAUGCCACUUAUCCCCCAAUGCACAGAAAAUACUGACUUGGCCUAACAAAGGCUGCUGAACUUGAAUUUAUUUUAAUAUAUUAUCAGCUGCUAUCUUUG